ACGGGAUAAAUGAAGGCAUACUUAUUCGAUUCUUGAGUGAAAUUUACCAUUUGGACCUCGGAAAGGAAAGGAUUCGUCCUGACUUGCGAAAUGGUUUCCCUCGCAGACAUUCUACCUGCACCAAAGCAAUGGGGUCAGGAGGAAUUUGAAUCAGACAAGCCUCAGCUAAAUAUUGUAUCGAUUUCAAGAAGCACAGCACCACCAUAUGGACGAAGAAAAGGAUGGGUGCCCAGAACACCAAUGGAUUUUGGCGAUGGAGGGGCCUACCCAGAGAUACCGGUGGCUCAGUUUCCGAUGGACAUGGGACGUACCCAGGGCAAAGGGAACUCCAUAGCCAAGACUGUAGAUGCAGAAGGUCACGUCAAAUAUGAUGCCUUAGCAAGGGUUGGACAUGGAAAGGACAAGGUUAUUCAUUCCAAGCCCCAGGAUCUGGUGCCGAUACAAAUCACCAAUGAAAAUGAUCCAGAUCUACAGAAACCAGACGAAGAAGAAAUUGAAGAUACUACUGAGAAGACCAGGCAGGCUCUGGAGAAACUGGUACAGUCCAAGAUCUCUGCAGCUAUGCCUGUGAGGUGUGCAGAGGAAAAGGCACCAGCUCAGUAUAUCAGAUACACACCAUCACAGCAAGGUGUGGCAUUCAACUCUGGCGCCAAGCAGCGAGUGAUUCGUAUGGUUGAAGUACAGAAAGAUCCCAUGGAACCACCCAAAUUUAGGACAAACAAGAAGAUUCCUCGUGGCCCACCAUCUCCACCAGCCCCUGUGAUGCAUUCUCCAACAAGGAAGGUCACUGUGAAGGAACAGCAAGAAUGGAAGAUUCCUCCUUGCAUAUCCAACUGGAAAAACGCCAAGGGCUACACUAUCCCACUCGACAAGCGACUGGCAGCGGAUGGCCGUGGGUUACAGAAUCCUCAGAUCAACGAGAAUUUCCCCAAGUUGGCUGAAGCCUUGUACAUUGCUGACAGAAAGGCUCGUGAGGCAGUAGAGAUGCGUGCCACCAUGGAGCGAAAGCUGGCUACCAAGGAGAAGGAGAAACAUGAGGAGAACCUGCGUAACCUGGCUCAGAAAGCCAGAGAAGACCGUGCUGGGAUCAGAACACAAGCAGAGGCUGAUGAUGAAGCAAGAGAAAGAGACAAGAUUCGUGAAGACCGACACCGUGAGCGACAGAGGGAUCGUAACAUCAGUCGAGCUGCCCCUGAAAGACGAGCCAAGUUUGACAAGCAGAAAGAGAGAGACAUCAGUGAGAAGAUUGCCCUUGGUUUGCCUAAUGCUGGAGGUCGAGCUGAUGAUAUGCAGCAUGACCAUAGACUCUACAACACGUCCAAGGGUCUGAGCAGUGGAUUUGCAGGGGGUGAUGACGAAUCUUACAAUGUGUACAGCGAACCGUGGCGUAAGGACCAGAACAUGGCCAGUAGCUUGUAUAGGCCCAGCAAGAAUGCCGACAAAGACGUGUAUGGGGAUGACCUAGAUACCCUCAUCAAACAGAAGAGGUUUGUUCCUGACAAGGAUUUCAGCGGCACUGAUCACAGUCGUCGUCGCAGCGGUCCUGUCCAGUUUGAACGAGAGGAAGAAGAGGAUCCCUUCGGUCUGGAUAAGUUCUUGAAGGAUGCCAAGAAAGCUGGAAAACGACCGGCAGAGGGAGGCAAGUCACGUGAUCAUGACGACCACGACCGAAGUGGCAAGAGAAGAAAGGAUUUCUAAGCGGCAUCAAAUCUGAUAUUUGUCAUGAAGCAAAGGGAAAACAAGGGCAAAGAAUUUUUUUGUUUUUGCUUUUUCCACUGUCCUGUAUUUACUUGAGUACAUGCAAAUCAAUUUUUGAAAACAUUUGUAUUCACACGUACCAAUGCAGUCAGUGAUUGAUGGUCCAGAGGAUUUGUCAGCUAAGAACUGGAGGACCCUUGAGUGGAAAUUCAAAGUUCUGCUCUUUUCCUGAUUUGCUAGUUUGCAGAGGGUAAAUAGUCAGAACCAGAAGUUUCAGUGAUUGAUUAGACGCUCAUUGCAAAUUUAUCAUUUUUGAUUAAGUAAGAUGCAAAACAACAAUACCAUUUUUUCAAUAUUGUUUCAUGUCCUUACUACGUUAUAUCCAACAAGAAUGAGACUGAGGGGCCCCCCAAACAUGUCCAAUCGCUAUACACUAUUGUUACCUAACACAUCCCCCCUAGAUGUCUGAAAAGAAUUCCUGAGAUUCCAGUGAGACAAUGACCAACACAAAGCAUGGGGGUUCUCUCGGCCACAUAUCUUGCUUCAUUUGUACUGCAUACCUGCUAGUGUAAUUGCAAGGGAGAUCUGUUCCCAUUCACAUUACCAUUUAUUUUCAUGUCGUACAUUUUUCACUGGAUUAGAAAGCAAGGAAUGUUUUCUAGGGCCGGCUCUUCUAGGAUGCUGACAAAUGAAAUUAUUAAGCUUUUUUUUACUUUUGUCCUUAGAUGAAAUAAAGGGUAGGUUUUGAAAAAUCUUCAUUUACAGCAGUGUGAUUUGGCUUUCAAGAAUUUGAUUAGUUUUAUUUCUCUCAUUACAAAAAAAAAUCGUGAUUUUAUAUAAGAUCCGUUCUCCAAUGAAAAUGUGUUGUGCAUCUUUUAUUAUAAAUAGUGGUAUGACAUGUACAUAAGCAUGACCUUUAGUUUGCCUAACAUGAAACCAUUUGGGAAUAUUCUAAAACAAUCAUUUUAGUUCUGUCAAUUGUUCGUUUAAGUUGACUUUGUUUUGCAGUGAUUUGUAUAUGCUAAUUCCUUAUUAAGUAACAUCAGUGAAGAAAAUGUUACAGUCCAGAUUAAUAUGGAGUAGCCUGAAGUGCUGUAAGUUUGAAAUCUCGGAAUCGAUUGUUUACUUAAAUAUAAAACUCUAAAGGGAACACAGAGAUGACAUUUAAGGAUGACACCACACCUUCAUCUUGACAGCCAACUCAAUCCAUUUUUGCUAACAAUUAUGUGUAAAUGCUUUUCUUGUGACAAAUAAAAGCUCCAACUCUAUUA